AAAGGGGGAGGGAAAUAGGAAAGAAAAGGGAAUAAUGAAUUUCUAAGAAUAAGAUAAUAAAACCAGCAAAGGAUAAAAGCUAAAACUCAGAAAUGCGCUGUUCUGACUGUUUUUGUAUGUUUUUAUGUUUAUUUGUAACAGUGUAUGAUAUGUGACAAUCAUCCUUUGUAUGAACAUUUAUGUUUGUAAAUAGUGUAUUUUUAUAUUGUUGUUGAAAAAAACUCAAAUUAUAAAAAAUAAAUAAAAAGACGGGUUAAGAAGCACACAGGCGAAGAGGCUUUUUUUGUUCUCUGUAUUUGCAUGGGUGUAGCCCUGGGCUGUUUUAACCUCUAUAUAUAAGCAGAUUAGUAGCAUAUUUACUAAAUAUAAGUAAAUCAUCAGUAUUUACAGUGUUAUUAUUGCAUGCAUAUUACAUUUUCAUUUUGUUUGUUCACUAAAGGGAAGGUAUUUCCAUCAUGGUUUAAAGUUUCCUCUUUGUUAACUGUACAGCUCUUGUAGUGUUUGUAUAAAAUAACAUUUAAUACAUUUUAUCAGUAGACUACUUUUUUUAUUUUUUUAAAUUUUUUUUUCAUUGUAGAUUUGGCAGUUUUACUGCAAUUUAAAGUUUUGCAGUCAGCCAUAGACUUCAUAAAGACAACAGCAAACCAAGAUUCUCUAAGUCUUGCAAAUUCAUUCAGUUUUGUCUCUACUCCUCAUCAUGCCAAAUAUCCAAAAAGAAAAAGUAUUGCCGGUGAGUAGUUAAGCAACAAUGUAAAUGUGACAUAAUUAGUGAUUCAUACAGUAAACUGCAAAUACUAAUAUGUUUAUUCACUGUAUCUUAAGUUUUUAGUAAGUUAAAUCCCUUCUUGGAACUGCUACCCGACAGGAGCCAAAUAAGCCACUUACUAAGUGAGAGUAUAACAUUAGGUCAAAAUUGCAAGCACAAUGAGAUGUCAUAGGCAUCUAUUUUGCAUACAGAAACACAAUGUAUGUUCCCAUCAGUUGACAAGGCAAAUAGCUGAUAAAUGGAAGUUGUGGUGGCAGCGGUUUUAACCAUUUUCUGACAAAAAAAUCUGGCUCACAAUCUCUACUUUUUGUGUGUAUCAUGAAAAAAGACAUUCCAAAGCAUUAACCAUAAGCUUAUUAUAAUAUAUCUAUCAUUAUAAGAAGCUCUACAUGUAUAGUCACUUUAACAUGAUGUAUUAUUUUUUAAUGGGUUCUUCUGUAUAAAGGAAUACUCCAAGCACCAAACCACUGCAGUGUGCUGUUGAGCAGGUUUCUCUGUAUGAGCAAGGAUCAAAAGUUAUGUCCGAUUCAGAACAACAUCAUCUAUCAUUGUGAGAUGAUACACAGCGAUAGAAGUUGUUGUUCUGAAUCUGACAUAACUUUUGAUCCUUGCUCAUACAGAGAAACCUGCUCAACUCCAAAUACCUUUGAACUAUUUUGAUUUAUUCAACAAACCUGCUUGUUUCAAGAUAAAACCUACCCGAAUAAUUAUUUUUGCAAUCACCCAACACAUUGCAAGACUGGAGUGGCUAUCCUCCUAGCUGUGAACUUGGAAUUCCAAGAGUUAGACAUUGAAAGCGACUUGCAGGGCCGGUCCUUAUUCCUGAAUGGAAUUAUACUAGGCAAGACAGACACAAUUCCUCAGGAACACACAAGCUAGAUUACAAGACUUAUCGGAAGGCACCCUCAUACUGGGGAGGUGACUUUAACGUCCCUCUGGACUCUACAUUGGACUUGUCAACGGGUCAUAGCAGCAUACCUCAACUCAGCAUUCACUCAAUUAGAAGAUCACUGAAUGAUACAGGCCUAGUGGACUGUUGACGAACCCUUAACCCGACCGUGAAAGACUACACAUACUACACAUACUACUCAGCACUACACAACCGCUACUCCCGUAUUGAUUAUAUCCUCAUCAGACAAAUAGGCCUACCGCAGUUACUCUCAGCCAAAAUCGAACCAGCCACGUGGUCAGACCACGGCGCGGUUAGCAUUGACAUAGAAUCCCCUCUUUGUCAGCCGACCAGAUGGACGUGGAGACUCAAUGAAGCAUUGCUUCUGGACCUGGAUACUCGGUCACAGAUAUAACAGGACCUAACACACUACUUCCAAGACAACGGAACAACAGACAAAUUACCAAUUUCGAUAUGGGAAGCACAUAAGUGUUAUUCGGGGUUCGAUAAUCCGAAUCACCUCCCAAAAAAAAAAAAAAAAAAGAAAUGCAAAGAGAACUGACUGCCCUCUAUCAACAGAUUGCAGCGGAAGACGCCUGGAUACAAUAAUACUUGCGAAAUGCGAACCUGAAGAGACUACAGAUACGAUGACAGCACUGGAAGCUCCGAUCACAGAGGAAGAACUUGCAGCGGCGUUAAAAACAACCAAAACUGGAAAAGCACCGAGGCCCGACGGAUUCUCCACGGGAUAUUAUAAAACAUAUCGGCGACGUUGCUACCAUGGUUGACGAAAGCUGUUAACGCGAUUGCAGAUGGAGGGACCUUCGGAGUGAAAUCGUUGGCAGGAUUUAUACCGGGUCGGGAGGCACAAAAUAGCACCCUAUGACUAUUCACAAUACAACAUACAACAACACCUCCUCUUGCUCUCCACCGAUGCCGAGAAGGCGUUUGAUCGUGUACAGUGGCCCUACAUGAUCGCCACACUGAAGAACAUGGGACUAGGACAAAGAUUCAUUACAUGGAUCCAAGCCUUAUACAGCAAACCCCGAGCGGUGAUAAGAGUCAAUGAAGCGCUCACUGACGAUUUUAAAAUCUCCAACGGCACGCGUCAGGGAUGCCUCCUGUCCCCAUUACUGUUCACCGUGACUCUAGAACCCCUACUACAAAUGAUUCAUCAAUGCCCUAACAUACAAGGCUUCUCCUGGCGAGGAGAGGUACAUAAGGUUGCUGCUGAUGCGGACAACCUCCUCCCAGAACCACGCUACCAUGCUUACUAGCAGAGUUCAGAAAAUGUGGAGGCAUCUCGGGCUACAAACUCAAUUUGUCUAAAUGUGAGGUAUUGAAUGCAACAAUCCUAGAUGAUGAAUACCAAAGGUUAGAGACACUGUUUCCAUUUAAGUGGUUUGGCGACAAAAUAAAGUACUUGAGAAUAUGGAUAACCCCGGACCCGAAUGACCUCUACUGCCAUAAUCACAUCCCUCUACUGAAAAUACUAACAACUGGAAGUGCCCUCAUAUUUCAUGGCACGGACACAUAGCUGUCCUCAAAAUGAAUAUACUCCCACGACUCCUCUAUCCCUUCCAGACAAUCCCAAUCGCCAUAUCGACUUCCUUCUUAAAAUCAGCGGUGUGGCGAGGGGAACAACCAAGACUCCAACAUGAAACACUCUGCUUACCCAGACACAGUGGGGGCUUAGCUUUACCUGAUUUUCAAAAAAUAUCAUCAAGCCAUGGUCUUACAACGUAUAUUAGAAUGGCACACGAACCCCGAGCAGAAACAAUGAGUGGCCCUAAAUGCAGGAGGGGAGAGUGCAACUCUACAUUCCACCAUAUGGGAUGCAGGGGGACACAGAGGAACGACACACAAAGACGAAACAGGACCAGUAGCACAAACAUUACUCAGCUGGAGAUCACUAAGGAAACAAGCACAUGUAUCACCUACGCCUAGCCCCCUAUCACCGAUCACCUAUAACCACGAUAAAGGAGGGGGUCUCAUCUCAAGGGCAUGGCCAUUCACUGACGAGCAGGGAUUCAUCCCUAUACAUACAACCCUUCAGAACGGGACACUGAGAACCCUAGACUCACUGCUAGAAGAAAAACCAAGCACUCUGCUGAUAACACUCCGAUACAUGCAACUAAAACAUUUUUAUCAAGCACUCCGCAACAUUAAACCAUACAGUUACAUUAAACCAUACAUUUAUAAAAACAUUAGCAGGUGUUCAUCACUUGCUGCUGCAGCCUGGCACAGGUCAGAGUAUUUUGGCGGUUGCCAUCUUCAAACGGUCAUAUUUUAAAAACUAUAAAUCCUACAGUGAAGAGCUUUAUAUUAUGAGAAUCACAAGACCCAGAUCUACAUUUUGAUGCAUAAUAUGUCUCUGAUGUAUUAAAAAUGAAGGCACAGUUGCAGUUUAGAAAUUGCACUUCAAAUUUGAGCUUUGUAGAGUGAAUGUCAAUGGACGGCAUUAGUUGCAAACAAAUGAUUAUAUCAUGAAAACUUUCAGGACUAUGGCUUAGCCAUUGACAUGUUUAGUGGCAGCAGGGAUAGCUGAACGUUUUGAUAUAAGGUUUGUGUAGGUGGGCCUGAAAAUAAGGGAGUGGUGGCAGUUUAGAAAUCAUGUCCUGAUUUUUCAGCUUUUGCCAGCUCCCACUCUAGCUUUGCCAUUCAUUCCUAUGGGACAAAUUUCGCCACAAGAACGACUUACAUCAAAACCUCACCUGGUUUGAGGAAUGCUGCACACAGGCUACCACACUUGAUAAAGCGAUCUCCAUGCUCUAGGCACUAUGACCAUUUCAGGUCAGUUUUACGGUGAGUCCUUGGCUUCAUGUAGAGCCACCCCCUACUGAAGAUGUGGCUUCCUUCUACCCAUACCAGUUUAACACAGAAUAGAAAGGUGUGCCAGGGGACUCUAGACACUGUAUACAUGCCAAUGAGAUGAAGCAGAUACAGUGUUACAGUGUACCUUUUAAGCUCUGCCCAUUGAGAUAAAUUGCCAAAGCUCCUCCUUAAAAUAAAAACAAUAUAUAAAUCAAACCCCUAAAUAGAAUUCCCCUCCCCCCCCAAAAAAAAAUAAUAAAAAAAAAUAAUAAAAAAUAAUAAAACAAUGCAAAAAAGGAGAAAAAAAAAGAUUACUUAAAAUUGGAAAACCUGCAAAUUGAUAGUGCCACUUUAAGCUGUAGUGGAUCUGGUACUUGAAAUAUCCUUCUAAUUUCUGGAAAUUACAUAAAGAAUUGAUUGGGAACAUGCAUGUGGAUACAGAACUAUGUAUAACUAGAAAAGCUACAAUUUCUGGGGAAAUUGUGUGAAGUGUUCUUGCCUCCAACCAGUAGCCUACAACUGGAGUGGGCGGAGUAACUGUUAUCAUUUAUAUAGCACAUUUAAUUGCAUCGUUGUUGCACAGUUACAUUAAACCAUACAUUUAUAAAAACAUUAGCAGGUGUUCAUCACUUGCUGCUGCAGCCUGGCACAGGUCAGAGUAUUUUGGCGGUUGCCAUCUUCAAACGGUCAUAUUUUAAAAACUAUAAAUCCUACAGUGAAGAGCUUUAUAUUAUGAGAAUCACAAGACCCAGAUCUACAUUUUGAUGCAUAAUAUGUCUCUGAUGUAUUAAAAAUGAAGGCACAGUUGCAGUUUAGAAAUUGCACUUCAAAUUUGAGCUUUGUAGAGUGAAUGUCAAUGGACGGCAUUAGUUGCAAACAAAUGAUUAUAUCAUGAAAACUUUCAGGACUAUGGCUUAGCCAUUGACAUGUUUAGUGGCAGCAGGGAUAGCUGAACGUUUUGAUAUAAGGUUUGUGUAGGUGGGCCUGAAAAUAAGGGAGUGGUGGCAGUUUAGAAAUCAUGUCCUGAUUUUUCAGCUUUUGCCAGCUCCCACUCUAGCCUUGCCAUUCAUUCCUAUGGGACAAAUUGCGCCACAAAAACGACGAUAUUCCGUGAACCAUUCGGCGAAACGUUCCACAAAGUAAUAGCAAUCCGAUCGGGAACAAUCUGCACGUUUUGGUAAAUUUUGGUCUAUGUAGUGUAAAAACUGUGGGAGGAGUUAGGGUGGCAAAUUUUGCUAUAAUAAUAAUAAUAAUAACAUAUAUGUGAGAUAACAUUAAGUGGUCUUGCUAUGCAAGAACACUUAAUAAUAUAUAUGUGAGAUAACAUUAAGUGGUCUUGCUAUGCAAGAACACUUAAUAAUAAUAUAUAUGUGAGAUAACAUUAAGUGGUCUUGCUGUGCAAGAACACUUAAUACAGAGUUGAUUUGAACCAUGAAAGCUUUAAAAAAAAAAAAAUGAUUCACACAGGCAGUUGAUUUAAAAUUCAUUAUUCAGCAAGUACCACUUUUUCUGCAGUCAUAUUUUACCAUAUAUAUAGAUUUGUUUUACUUCUAAUUUUGUAGGUGUUCAUAGAUUAUCUAUUGCACAAUCUGACCCUUUAUUAAUGACAAUGCGCACAGUCGCAAACAAUGAACUCACAGUGAUGAUGCAGAGAAGAAUGAGUCAAGAAAAUCCAAUAAGGGCUUCUGAAUCUGAAUUUGUGCAACGUCUUCAAAAACUGACACUUUUAGCUGUGAAUAGACUUAUAUACCGAGGUAAAUAAUGUUUAUUAUGCAUGCUCUAUUAUUAACUUUGCUUGAAUACAGUUUUUCUAUUUUUUUCUGACAGUCCAAAUGAGGGAUAAUGUUAAAUGUUGUAUGCAAUCUAUCAAAAGGCAUUGUUGGAGUUAUUGAAUUAAAGGACCACUGUGUUGUGUUAUUGUAGAGGAUCUAAAGUGUGUGUGCUUAUGGAAUGUAGUGUACAGGGAUACCAGUUUGUGUAGGUGAUGCAGUGUGUGUGUGUGUUUGUGUAAGGGAUAUAAAGCAGUGUGUGUUUGUGUGUAAGGGGUGUAUUGUGUGUAAGAGAUGUGUUGUGUGAAUCUGUGUUUGUAUGUGUGAGGGAUGCAAGGCGUGUUUCUGUGUACGUAGGGGAUGCAAUGUGUAUGUAUGUGUAUGUGUGCAAGGGGUGCAUUGUCUGUGUGUGUAGGAAUGCAUUGUGUGUUUCUGUGUAUGUAUAGGGAUGCAUUGUGUGUGUGUAGUGUGAAAUAGAGAGUUUGUGGGGUAGGAUAGGGUAGAGUCCUACCAGCCCCCUUGAGCUUCUCUUUCCCUCCUUUCUCAGCACCCCCUCCCCCAUUUUGUCCCUUAGAGCUCUCCACCUGUCCCUUACUGCUGUAUCCUGCACCACUGUCCAUUAUUGCUUUCCCCUGCCCCACUGUCCCGUAGAGCUCUCCCCUCCCAUCCCUCACAGCUCUCCCCUGUCCGUUAUUGGUCUCUUCUCCCCCACCCCAUCCGUUAUUGGUCUCUCCUCUCUCUCAUGCACCCUCCCCCCUGCCCCAGUGAACUCCCUGCCCUCUUUCCCGUAGUGCCCUCUUCUCUGGUGCCUUAGAGCUCUCUCCUACCCCCUUCCCUUGGUGCUCCCGCCCUCUCCCUUAGUGGUCUCUCCUCUUCUCCCCUUCCAUUUUAUGGUCUCUCCUCCACCCUAAGUGGUCUCUCUUCCUCCCUCCCCCUUCCAUAGUGGUCUCUACUCCACCCCCCUCCCUUCCAUAGUGGUCUCUCCUCCACCUACCCACCUCCCUUAGUGGUCUCCCUCCCUUCAUGAUAAAGGCUACCAGGAGGAGCUGAAACGUUGGGGGAUUGUUUGUGACUCGUGUUUCUGCCCAUAUAGGCUUGUGGAAUUUGGUAAAUAUAAUUGUUGAGUUGUUUAGCCUAUUUGGUCACUGUUAUAUUGUUACAUUUUGUAUGUAUGGCUUGUAUUUGUAUUGUAAUAAAUAUAUAUAGAUAGAUAUUAUUGUAUCAGAUGGUGUGCAUUCCCUUCUUUUGAGUAUUUACUUUAUUGGUAUUGGAGGAAGUACCUUUUUGGAAUAGCACCCUUAAUUGUGGUGGCGGUUAUAUUAAGUGUCUCUCCACACGUUACAUUUUGCAGGGAUAAAAAAUAAGUGCUGCAAUUUUCUAAAUAGCUUAGAGACCUCUAUAUAUUUGAUUACACAUUCCCUUACAUCCAACUGAUGGAGUUUAACUUCUUCCGAAGAAGAAGGGUUUUGGUAAAAAGAAGGGAGAACCACUUCCUGUACCAAGUGAAAACAUGAAACCGCCUUAGGUAGGAAUUCCACUCUAGGUCUUAAGAUAAUUCUAUCAUGGGAAACCUGAACGUGAUUUGGAUCACUGGAGAAGGCUUGAAUUUCAGACAUUCUUUUAGCCGUAGUGAUUGCCACCAAGAACAAGGUCUUGUACGUCAGAUUAAUUAUACCCAACUCAUCCAACAGAGCAAAGGGGGAGUCUGACAAAACAUCCAGUACCAAAGGAAGAUCCCACGGAGGAGCAUAGUUUCUAGAUGGAGGUCUUAUGCCUAUAGCUGCCUUAAAGAACCUCACAAUGAUAGGGUCUGAUGCCCAGGAGGUGUUACACAGAGCCGACAAGGCUGAUGACUGUACUUUUAAAGUGCUUAAGCUCAGGCCCUUCUCCAGACCUUCGUGUAGAAAUUCCAGAAUAUCUAUAUUUGAUGGUUGUAGGAAAUUCUUGGAUUUCUUUUUUGUCUAUAAUUGAAAUAAAUCCCAUAUUCUUUGGUAACACGCGGAGGUGGAAUUUUUUCUGGAUUUUAACAGUGUUUUCACAACAGGUUCUGGUAAUCCCUGCUCUAUAAGUCUCUGCUUUACAAGAGCCAAGCCCCCAGUUUCCAUUGAUUUAGGUUGGGAUACAUCACUGGACCUUGUAUUAACAGAUCUGCUCUCUGAGGAAGAGACCAUGGAGGACCUAAGAACAUUUUGUUCAGGAGUAGGAACCACAAUCUUCUCGGCCAGCUUGGAAUUAUGGCAAUCACUGUCUUCCAUUCCUUCCAAAUGUUUCUCAACAACCUGUGAAUCAUUGGCAGGGGAGGGAACGCAUACCCCGGAUCGAAGUCCCAGGGAAGGGAAAAGGCAUCUUGUCCUGCUGAUUGAUAUUCUGCCUUUAGGGGAAAAUAAUUUGGGACUUGAGCAUUCUGAUAUGAAGCCAUCAAAUUGACCUGUGGUGUGCCCCAUCUUAACGAUAUCUGAUGAAAUACCUCUGGGUUUAAUUGCCAUUCUCCUGAUUAAAUCAUCGUUCUGCUCAGAUAGUCUGCCAGAACAUUUUCUUUUCCUGGAAGAUAUACUGCUUUCAGGCCCUGUAGGCUGUUUUGAGCUAAUUCCAUCAAUGGGAAUAUUUCUCUUAAUAGAGCCUUGGUUCUUGUCCCACCUUGUCGGUUUGCAUAUGAGGCCACUGCUCUGUUGUCUGUCUGGAUUCUCACCCAAUAAGUUCUUAUAUCUUGUUGAAAUCCCUGCAGGGCAUAGGAUAUUGCCCUUAGUUUUCUUAGGUUUGAGUGCAACUUUCUCUCUCUCUCUCUGUGUCCAUGUGCCUUGUAUCCAUUCAUUUUCUAAAUGUGCACCCCAUCCUUGGAGACUUGCGUCUGUAGUAACUGUUUUCCAUGGUGGAUCCUCCAGAGGAAAUUCCAAGGAUAAGUUCUUGUUUUUCUCCCACCACGACAGGUCGUCUAUUGUUUUUUGAGAAAUAGGAAUUUUUUGCCCUCUUGUUUCUUGAAUUCAUUUAGAAACUGUAUUUGGAUGGGACACAUCUUCCACUGGGCCCAUUUCACCAGUCCUAUAGUCGAUGUAAGAGAUCCUAUAAGGCUCAUGAAUUCCCUUGCUGUAAUGUGUCUCUUGUAGUGGAAAUUCCUGAUCUUCAUCCGAAUCUUCUCCAUUCUUUUUGUAGACAAACUAAUUUGUCCGAUUACCGUAUCUAUGGCAGCCCCCAGGAAUACAAUAUUCUGAGAGGGAACUGUCAUACUCUUUUCCAAGUUCAGUUUCCAACCAUGGUUCACGAGGAUCUCUAUGGCCCACUGAGUGUGGAGAGCUACCCUCUGGCUGGAUGGACCUAUAAUCAGAAAAUCGUCCAAGUAAUGGUAUAUCUCUAUCCCUUUCUUUCUGAUUACUGCUACUAAUGUGAUGAGUACCUUUGAGAAUGUUCCCGGAGCCAGGCUUAGUCCAAAUGGAAGACCUUUGAACUGGUAGUGUCUUCCAAAUACACAAAAUCUGAGGAACUUUCUGUGCCAUAUAUUGAUUGGAAUCUGGUGAUAUGCAUCUUUCAAAUCGAUAGACAUCAUCCAAUCCCCCAUACUGAUGUUUGGUACAAUAGUCAAAAUGGAUUCCAUCUUGAAUGUUUUUCUUUUUAGUUUCAAAUUCAAUUUCUUCAAGUCCAGGAUCAGCCUCCACUUCUUCUGUGGUUUUGGGGCUAGAAAAACCGUAGAAUAGUGACCCUUUCUUUGUUCUUUUAUUGGAACGUAUUCUAUCACCUGUUCUUUUAGGAGUUUCAAGAUGCAGUCCCUCAUAGCUGUCUCUUUUUCUCCUUUUGCUACCCGAGACUGGGUAAACACAUCCUUUGUCGGAAUGGCCUCAAAUUCUAACCUGUAUCCUACGGCCAAUAUUGAUAGGACCCAGGCGUCUGUCACACUUCUGUCCCAGACAGGAUAAAAGAGAUGCAGUCUUCCUCCUGUAAUUCCUGGCUGGGCCGGCACACGUUCAGAAGUUUUUCCCUGGCUUAGUUCCUCUUCCUCUGGAAGAUUUUUGCUGAGUGUUUUUCCAAUUGGAUCUGAAAUACUCUUUCCCAGGUUUAUAUGCCCUACUUUCACGAAAGGCACAAUCUUUAUAUCGUCUAUCUUUCCAUGCAGUAGAACCAUAUUUUCUGACUUGCGGAAGAACGGCUUUUCUCCCACCUGCUGCUUUAUGGAUAGGUUCAUCCAAGACCUUUCCAAAUAGGAGAUCACCUUGAAAUGGAAGAGCACACAAGGAUGCUUUAGAGGCGUAUUCUGCUCCCCAGGAGUGCAGCCAUAAUGCUCUUUUUGCUGCUAUAGACAGGCCCAUGCUUUUUGCCACCAUUUUGGUAACAUCCAGGGAUGCUUCAGAGCAAAACUCUGUCGCCAACUUCAGAUCUCUCAGUCCUUCCAGAAGAUGAUCUCUCCGAACUCCUUUGGCGAUAUCCUCCUCUAAGUUGUCUAGCCAUACUUUGAAGGCUCUUGACAGCGUUGUUAAUGCUACUGCUGGAUGUAGCGCAGAUCCUAACGCCAGGUAUGACUAUCAGACUGGAAUCUAGCCUUUUCUCCAUAGAUUUUUUUAAAUAAGCCAUGGAGUCAAUAGGAAGGGCUGUCUUUUUUUUUUUUUUUUUUGUCAUAUGUAUAACUGCAACAUCAAUCUUGGGUACAGCAUUCAAAGUUUUGCAAUCUUCUUUAGCAUAUGGAUAUAAUCUGAAUGCUUUGUUCUUCAACAUCGCUUUUCUCUCAAGUUUCUGCCAUUCUUGGGAAAUUAUCUCUUUUAUUGUAGAGUGUACCGGACCGGUAGGUCUAUUAGCUCUCAAAUCCUCAAAAUAUCUAUCAGAUUCCUUUAUUGCAGUUUCUUCUUCUGGGAAUCUCAGGGUCUCUCUUAUGUUGAUCAAUGUAUCAACAGAUUUUGAAUCCAUAUUUCUGGAGGCAUAGUUAACUUUACCUUCCUCUUCGUCCGACAUAUCCUCCAUCUCCAUACUAUCACUUGACUCAGAGGAGAUUUCUUCCCUUCUCAAGCGUUUAGAUGAGGACAUCUUGCAUGUGGAUUUAAACCCUUCUGCAAUUGCCUCUGUAAUCCAUUUUUCCAGUUCUGUUUGUGGAGACUUUCUUCCUUCAGCGGCUUCUGUCAGACAAUCUUGACAUAAGUUUCUUCCAUUGUGUGCAAUUUGAUUGCAGUUAACACACCUAUUUGAUUUUCCUUAUUUGUUUUGGAAGGGAUAAUGUGACCACACAUCACACACCCCAAACACCUUACACAUCCGACAUGUGUCUCUACUUUUUUAACAGGGCUAUAACAAUGAUAUGGGUCAGUGUUGACCAGUAGGACCUUCAGAUUCUUGUUACGUCUAUAGCAGAACAUGGGCUUCUGUUGAAAAAUCUCUGGGAGAGAUGGUUCCAAUUCCAGUGUUUUCCAGUUGUUCCGGACUGAAGAGGUCAAUUCUGAGCUGGCGGUGUUAAAAAAACAUCAGGAAGAUGGGUCUGAUGUUGGCCACCCUCUGAGAUUGAGAGGAAUGAAAUGAGUAGGUUGUUUUAGCCUUUGUUAAGGCUUGGUCCAAAACAUUCUGAGGGUACCCCUAGCUUGAAAUUUGCUAUACAUGAGGAGUAGAUUAAUUGAGAUUAUGUAUUGGUUUACUGAGCAUCCCCUUAUUGUGAUAUUAGACUAUGCCAGAAGUAGCAUUGUACUGUUAAUGAGGUCUAUCAUGGACUAGUGCAACCAUACAUACAACCAGAUGUUAACAGUUCAUACCACAAAGACACUGUUAUUCAGUCUUACAUACAAACAAUUUGUGUGAUAAUCUGAAUAAACGUAUGCAUUCAGGUCCUGCAGUUGAAAAUAUAUCCUUUAUCACACUUUCCAAGCAUGAUUCUCUUACAAAUUUUCAAUAAAAGUCUCUCCUACAGUUGCAGAAAAACAGUAUCAUAUUAAACAGACUCUGGAAAUGAUUUACACACGAUUGUCGACGUGCAAGGGGUGGAUCUGUUAUGGCCCAAUUGUAUAAUGAAUGGACCUGGAAUGACAGGUCUGAAAGAUAUUCGUUUUGGAUGACACAUGCUGUAAAUUGUAUAUGCGAACUGGCGGGAAUAGCCUAAAUGUGGCUAUUCCCGCCUGUUACCUGGACGUUCGUAUGUUCAGCGUUCCAGUGCUGGAAGUGCAUCGGCUGAGUUUCCCCGAAUGGAGGGGGAGCUCUGAACUGGCGGGACGUGCGGCCGGAAACCGGACGUGCAAGGUCAUUGAGGAGGACCAGUGAACAGCGUGCUUACGCCAAGGUAGAAAGGGGGGGAGUAGCGUUUAUAUAGGAACGCUAACUCCUCCCACAAAUACAGGCCUUCGGCCUUAAACAUUCCGUGCUCGGAAUUUAUCUAAUAUGUAAUGGAAUGUAGAAGGGGUUGCAAAGUUGGUUGAGGUGUGCCGAAACCAACAUACGAGUAGGCCUGUAAAAAGAGGGCCCAGAAAGGUGAGUGUUAAUAUAGAUGGGUGUAGGUGGGUGGGGACAAACAGCUUGCAAGACAAAGGUAAGUAGGGGGGUAGGGUUUAUAUAGGAUCAUUACUCCUCCCACAAAUUCAGGCCAAAUGGCCUUCCAACUUGUGCUCGGAAUUUAUCUAAUACAUAAUGGAAUGUAGAAGGGGAAGCAAAGUUGGUUGAGGUGUGCCGAAACAAACAUACGAGAAGGCCUGUAAAGAGGGCAAAAGAGGAUUCAAAUAAACCACACUUUAUUGCAAGUUAAUAUAGCAUGAGUAACGGAAGAUUGAGGUAUGUAAGUACCUGAGCUGAUGCUUCUUGAUGACCCCGUUGUUUGUGACGUAGACUGGGGUGUAAGUGUUUGAAGCUCCUGCUGUAGUACCUUUGGGGACGUAAUCACUGAGUGACAGCAUAGACGGUUUUAAGUAAGAAGCUUGGUUGGGAGUUUUAGAGAAAAAGGCAAACAAUUUACCAUGAUUAUAACAGCAAGGUUCUCAAAUUUAAGCCAGCUCCUGUAUGUGUCAUAGUGCAAUACAGUAAGCCCUGGCGUAUGUCAAGGGAAAGUCGUGACCCUGCGUGAAGCAUGCCUGUGCGAGGUGCAAUUGUGUGCUUAGUCCCAGAUUAGCUCGUGGAAAGGUGGUAUCCUAGAUGGAAAGUGAUGGGCCGUGGGGAAUGUGUGGAAGAAGGUAUCAAAUUGGGGGCAUGACAGAGCGUCAGCUGCUGUGUUCUGGACACCAGGAAUGUGGAUACAGACUAGGAAGAACUGAGAGGUAGCUGCCAACCACGUCAGCCUGCAAAUAAGCCUCAUAAUUGUUAGGGAGGAAUGACCGACCUUUAUUAAUGAUGUCACAGGCUUGCCGGUCCAAAGGUGACCCCACGUGUGGGCGGCCGCUACGAUGGCAUAGAUCUCGAAUAAAGUAGAUGUUUCUCUAAAGGCCGGCAAGGCAUCCGUUUUAGGGGGCCAGUCGUCCAUAAACCAGUGGUUGCCGUAGAUGGCUACUAACCCUGUGUGUGCCGCUGCGUCUGUGUGAAUUGAAGGUGAGUGCUCUAAAAGUGGGGGAAUGAACAGAGAUCCCAUGCCAAUCGGCCAGAAAAAAAACUACUUUUUUAAGGAAAAGGGCUUGUCAGCCAUACUGGGGACUGCCUCGAAGCAGUAGGGGGGUUAGCAUAUUAUUAUUAGGAGUAUAAUAUCUACCUUUAUAAUUUAGAGGCAGGUUAUUCUUCAUAUUUAUGUGAACUACAUUUCAAUUUUGCCUUUGUUCUAAACUCUAAUCCUAACUCCUUUACCACUCCCUGCUUUAUAUUUAAAUACCUGAGGGACUGAGUAGAUGGGUCCACACAUAGUGUCAUCCCUUCUUAUCCCGGCUGACCACUACGGAAACUUGAUUAUCUCAUAGGAAAGCAUUGAGAGGCUAUUGUGCAUGUGUGGCAAAAUGCUUUGUGGCUUUGUGUUCAGCUCCUCAAUGUAGACCCAAUCUAAUACACUGGCCCCAAAUCCAAUACACUGCCACCCUUCCCCCUACUUUAAUACACUGCUCUCCUCCCCUCCCCUCCCCCAAAUUAAUAGACCCCCCCAAUUUAACACACUGCCCUCCCCCCCCAAAAAAAAAGACAAAAAAACACUGUGCAUUCCCUUCCUUAAUUUAAUACACUGCCCCCUCUCUCCCCAAAUUAAUACACUUGCCCCCACCCUCAAAUCAAUACGCUGUCCACUCCUUUACCCUAUUUAAUGCACUGCCCCCUCCCUCUCUAAAAUUAUUUUUUUAACAAACUACACAGGAAGGUCCUCCAAGCCCCUCUUUCCUGUCUUGUGGCUGGUUGCUGCCACAACACAAAGGGCUGCUUGUUCUACAGUGUCCAUUAGAAAAAGAGACUUUGCAUAUGAGGUAUUAAUUGUCUCCCUUGUCGUUUUUAUAAACACAUUUUAAUUAUUUUGUGAAUUUCCAACAUUUACUCCAUUACAUUGCAGGCUUCAUAGUGCAUUGUGUAGUUCAAGAAAUAAUAAAUACAUUUUCUUUUUUCUGUUCUCUAAGAUAUUAGUUCAAACUGUCUUGCUGAUUUUAAUGUAACAGAUACAUCAGACAAAAGGAGAUAUUCAGGAUCACAGUUUGACAUACCUGAAGAAGAAAUGCAGCUUGGUCUUUCCAAUGUUAUAAGCAGGUUUCAAGAUGAAAUGCUUAAAACCAUGAUUGAAGGCAUUUUUCUGGUAAGUCUUUAUGGAUAA